ACGCUGCUGUAUUUAGGCUUGUGUCACGCUGCUCGUCGAGGGUAGUUAAAGUAGCUCUGCGCGAUGCUGCAAUCUACGGUGCUUAUUCAGUGUCAAUUCCAGCUAUGAACGCAUUCUGUCAGGGAUAGUUUUGCAGUAAUGUUACCUUCACUCUAGUCCAGGCUGACGUGGUAGCCGCCGGUCACUACCAGGAAACUCAGUAGUGGGACUGGACUUGUCAAAAGCGGUUUUGCUAACCUGUAGUCUUUACAUAUCUCGUCCGUGUGAAGUUAUCUAAUAUGGAUCCCGACUUUGCCACAGACCUUUUACUUCUAAGCCUGGAUGUGGAGAACCUCGCUGAUGAUGGCGUGAAACAUGACAAACCUGCAAUCACGACUACCCGGCGCUCCUACACACACAUGAAGAAGCGGGCAUUUGCAGAGUUCGUGGAGUCCCGCAGAAAUGACCCGUCCUCCUGGCGCUGCUGCGGACAGACCUUUACCGAACCCGCCGCCGUCCACAAGCACGUCGCUCGCGGUCACUCCGUGGAGAUCGAGCGGCUGACCCGCGAGGCCCUAGACCGGCAGCUGAUCUCGGAGAAGAGUGCGCACGGGGAGGAAGAAGAGCCAGCUGACCUCAAAGCUUGGCUGCCUGACAUCAGUCACAUCCCGGCGGAACAGCUCCUGGAGUGCGAUGGGGAGGUGUUGUUAUAUUACCGGUACCGUGAGCUGGCCCGUCCUGAGCUGGUGUGUGUGUGGCAGAAGGAACUGUGCCAGAUGCUGCAUCUCACUGGGAAGGUGCGUGUAGCCUCCGAAGGCAUUAACGGUACGGUAGGAGGCAGCAGGAUGGGAGCCCGUCUGUACAUCAGUGCCAUGAUGUCACACCCCGCUUUCAAAGACAUGAGCGCUGACGACUUUAAGAGGAGUGAGGGAGGGGCACACUGCUUCACUGAGCUGAGAGUGGGCGUGUACAGAGAGAUCGUCCCCUUGGGAAUGGACCCCAGAGUCAUCUCACACAGACUGGCCGGCACACACCUGGAGCCUGAGGAGUUCCACCAUGAGGUGAAGAUGCUGCUGACUGAUGCGGAGGCGGCCAAAGACACAGUACUGUUGGACUGCAGGAACUUCUACGAGAGCAGAAUAGGUCAGUUCAGUGCGUGUCUGGCUCCAGACAUCCGUAAGUUCAGCUACUUCCCCGACUACGUGGACCAGAACCUGGAGCUCUUCCAGAACAAACGGGUCCUCAUGUACUGCACCGGAGGGAUCCGAUGUGAGAGGGGUUCUGCCUACCUGCGCUCUAAAGCUGUGUGUAAGGACGUUCUGCAGCUGAGCGGGGGGAUCCAUAAGUAUCUGGAGCGGUUCCCCGAUGGGUUCUACCGCGGGAAACUCUUUGUGUUCGACGAGCGCUACGCCCUUACAUUCAACGACGACGUCAUCGCAGAGUGUAGGUACUGCAGAGCGCCGUGGGAUCAGUAUGCUCUGUGUCGUCCUCCUGUGUGUUGCCAGCUGGUUCUAAGCUGAGAGUGCAGAGCGAGAGGACACACAGCCUGCUGCCCCACCUGCCAGAGGAAACAGGAGACGCACACACACACCGCACACACACACAGCCCCGAUACCACACACCGCACACACACACAGCCCCGAUACCACACACACACAACAGGGAGGAGUGUGAGUGUACUGACACACGGCCACGCAUACCCAAAGAUUCAUGAGUGUGUGUGUGUACAUUUGCAGUCCUGUGUAGAGCCGUGAUCCAGACUUCAACCUCAGACGGAUGCUACACACACACACACACACACACCUUCGCAUCCAAAACCUGCUGUGUAUUUUCCUGAGUGUUUGGUUUUAAUAAAACUGGUUUCAAACUGA